AUGAUCGGCAUAACCCGCUCCCUCCGUCUUCCAUCAUCCCAGCGUGCUCGUCUACGCCCCUCGAUAUCUCCUCUCAUCCCUAAACGGUUCCUGGGAAUCCCCCCGGCCUUUCUGCUGGACGAUUACAUUCCACGAUACCAACUGCUUUCCUCCGUGGAUGCAGCCAAGAAGCGCUCUCAUGCCUACGCGCACCUCCGCAACUGCAACCUGUGUCCGCGGCGCUGUGGCGUGAACCGAUACGAAGAGACGGGCGUGUGUUUGAUCGGCGCCGAAACGGCCAAGGUCAAUGUGAUCGCACCGCACCGCGGCGAGGAGCCAUGCAUCCAAGGGUUUCACGGCAGCGGGUCGGUCUUCUUCUCCGGGUGCAAUCUGCGCUGCGUAUUUUGCCAGAAUCACGAUAUCGCGCACCAGCGGAAAGGUUUCGACUUGACCCCCGAAGAGCUGGCAGAUUGGUACAUGAAGCUUCAGAUGGUGGGGAACGUACAUAACAUCAACCUCGUCACGCCAGAGCAUGUGGUGCCGCAAGUUGUGCUCUCGAUCCUGGCGGCUCGCGACAUGGGCCUCAAGGUCCCCAUCGUUUACAACACGUCCUCGUUUGACUCCCUCGAGUCGCUGGAACUCCUAGAUGGCUUGGUCGAUAUCUACCUGCCGGAUUUUAAAGUUUGGAAGAGCACUACAUCAAAACGAUUGCUGAAAGCGGAUGACUAUACCGAAACCGCCAUGGAGAGCAUCCGGGCCAUGUACAAGCAAGUCGGCGACCUCUGCUUUACAUCCGAUGGGAUUGCCAAGAAGGGGGUCUUGCUGCGGCAUCUGGUCAUGCCGGGUAAGGAGGAUGAGGGCCGAGAGAUCAUGCGCUGGUUGGCGGGGAAUGUUUCCAAGGAUAUAUAUGUGCAUAUCAUGGAGCAAUACCACCCCGAUGCGCAUGUCGGCAAGAAGAAGAGACGGACGAGUGAGAGCUCCGGCGCAGAUGAGGUGCGGUAUGCGGAGAUCAAUCGUGCCGUUCGUGAUGAUGAGCUUGGAUCAGUUAGAGAUGCGGCCGUGGCAUCGGGAUUGUGGAGAUUCUGCGAGGCGAACGAGGAGCAGAGUAUGUUCCAUCUGUAA